AACAGAUGGGUGCUCGUGUACAUUUCUUUUGCUUUGUGGGACUAUAACAGCUUGACGACAAUGAUUGAUUCAAAUAAGAUAAGAGGUUCUUUUAUAGCCACCAAAAUCCGAUCAUUCAUCUCGGAAGUAUUUCCGUGUAAAUAUAUCUGUAUUCGUUUACAUGAACAAAAAUAAUCAUACUCAUUUGACAACUGAAACGGUGAAUUGUUUGGGUUCAUUGACUAAAUACCACAUAAGGAAAUUUAUCUUAUUAAGGAUUUAGUCAUUAGCCAUCGAACAAAUAAAGCUAUUAUGAAGAUUUAACUUUUUUGGAGCACUUACUACUUACGAAACAUUAAUUUAUGGGGUCGACUCCCAAACGGGACUUUUUAAAGACAUCGGUUGGCCUACGUUUUAGGUUUACCUUUGCUGACUAAACGUGCGCACUAUAAUUAGGUGGAUUGUUCACUGUAGCAUAUGCUUUUUGAACCAAUCAUCAGCUACUCCAAAGUUUAGCUUACUCUGUUCUUAUCAUCUCGAAACGUUCCGAAUAGGACUAAAAGGUUUCGUUUUAUUUUACAAAUAUCUGCAUGUUCUAUAAUCAGUAUCCAUAUCUAUACAAGUACAGUAGUAAGUUUAUCGAACAGGAAAAAUUUACGUCUUAAUUAGGUUAUAUUGCAAGCACUGAUUGGUUUUUUUGCUUGCUGACUGGAUCUUACAUGUUUGUGGAAUUGAUUUUCUCAGAAGCUGUCGAAAAUUAUUCGAAUGAUGCAGCAUGAUAAGAUUAUCUUAGUUACUCUAGGUGAUUAUUCAUAGCUUUAGGCAAGCGUGACUGUUUUUUCACUAUGUAAAUGGUAUUAAUUCAGUAAGCGGUUGCUUUAACUUUGACCAUUCGAACCUAAACCGCAGAACUGGUCUCCGCUUCGUUUAACGAAUGCAAUCGUCGAAAUGUAAUCACGACCCUUAUGCAGAAAUAUUCGAUUCAUUAUUUAUUAUGUAAAAUAUGCAAAUUCUAAUGCAAUGGAAAAACCAAAAGUACGACGUGAUAGAGAUAUAACAACUCGUGGUAAAUUUUAAAAGCAUUAAUAUACCCAAGAUGAAGGAUUUUAAUAAUAUUAAGUGUAUUUUAUUCACGUGGCACUCUAACUCCGACAACCAGGACACUUCCUCAUACAGUGGACAACAACGGAUAAUUAAAAGGUGCUCUACAAUCCGUGAACAUAUGAUUUACACAGUAGAUGUUGCACCAAACUUUGCUUCCCGCGCUGGUUUCCUUUUAUGCUCUAUGGCUUCAUCUCCAUGUUAUUAUGCAUGGGAACUGAAAGAUAUUGUCUACAAGUUAAUGAGUAAAGAUGUUGAUAUUCUCAACCGACGCAAUUUAAAUGAAUUGGGUAUGGAGUUGCUACAUGAAGCGGCUUUCGGUACUAGUGAUUCGGGAUGUGGUUUAGGGUAUUCACUGAUUUCACCGGCUGAUCGUGUCGGUUCUCAUUCGAUUGAUCAAAUAAAUGAAUACCAUUCACGCGGCUUUGUUGGAGAGAAGUGUGCUUUGGGUAUUGUUCAUCCCAAUUCUGAUAUAGAUGGAAUGGAAAUAUUGAAAAAGGUGAAAAGUAGCAUUCAUCUCAAUCCCGCACAUCAAGAAAUUGGUUCAGGCGGUCAUGGGUUUGUUGGAGGCGAAAUACGACGAGAUUUGAAUGCCGCGCCCACAGUGUACGCUUACUUAGCAUGGCCUAUGCGUGGAUCCUGUACAAUUAGUGGUCUGAUUGUCUGCGCAUUGAAUGGGUCAUCCAAUCGUAUAAAGCAUGGCCGGAACGCUUCAAAAUCCUUGCUAGCUCGUACCGCUGUAGAAGGAGACAUUGAAACUGAAGUUGUAGCUUUCCAUAAACUGUAUAUUGAUCAUAGUCUUUUCGGUAUCGCUGUAGCUGGAGCUUGUCCUAAAGCAGUUGGAUCUAGAAUCAAGCGUAUCAUUUCGGUUUUACGGUCUUCAAGUUUUACUGAGGAAAAUCUCAGACAAGCAAAGCAAACUCUAAAAGCUGAUCUAAUGUUCAGGUACGAAAACCCAUUAUAUUCUCUUGUGGAUAUUUCUACUAAUUUGCUUUCAUCACCAGUUGAUCAAUUUCUAAAACCGAUUGAAGUAGUUGCUGGUUUGGAUAAGGUUGACUUGAAAUCUGUUAAUGAUGCUUUAAACAAAACUGUGACGAAUCAUCAAGCAGCAUUUUCAUUGGUUGGUCCUGGUCUAGGCUUUAUUGAACCUCUUCAGUUACUACUUAAAGAAUAAUUAUAUAUAUGUGCUAUCUUUCUUGCCUCUUUCCGUAAACAAUUUAUCUUACCGUAGACCUCUGUAAUGAUGCUUUUGAAUGGCACUUCAUUCAGCUUUUAUUUGGGUAAGACCUUAGUAGUCUCUAUAAUAGUAUUAGUUUUCAGUGUUUUCUUUUAAAAAAAUCUAUUUGGGAAAAUAGUUUUCAGUGUUUUGUUUUCUUAAUUUUUCUAGGUGGGGUUCUAAUUUGCUUUAAUUAAAUAACAGGUAGUCAUCAACUAUCCAUAUGUGUUAAAACUAGUAUUAUCGUUUGUAUAACUACGUUAACUGUCGUACAACUUUUUAGCUUGAAAAUAAACUUCUAUCGAAUAUAUCUUCUAAGAAAUUUGAAGCGAUUGGUCCCUUUGUUAAAUUUCGAUAGUGUAAUAAGAAUAGGAAGAUUAUCAGAACUAUGUGAUAUAUUAGCGCAAUACAUUUUGAACAAUCUGGUCACACAUAUACUUGUUAAGAACAUGUAUAUAUAAACAUAAAUGGUCAACUAAAUUGGAAAUGGUGGGUAAGACUCAAGGAUUAUAAUAAAAAUAUUGUGAAAACAAUUUGAAACCUAAUCUCUCUGGGUAAUAAGCAAAUAUUACCAGGGUAGGUUUAAGGUGAGAACAUACUGUUUUGAAUACACAAUGGGGGUUUGAAUUUUCGUAUGGCUAAGGCUUCAAUAAACCUCAGUGUACGUCCUUUGACAUUUUUAUACAAUACCACGAAAGCGGAGUUUAUAUCAACCCUAUGGCCUGUUUCGAUUAUAUGUU